UAGUGGAGGCAUGGACUGUAACUGUGUCAGUGAUCUGUUGCUCACCCCCCCUGUCCCUGCCCUCUGGACUCCAGGUGAGGCAAGCAGGAUGGGGGCACUUUUUUGCGGAAGCCGGGGCAUUGCCUUCCCAGACUGGGCCUACAAGCCUGAGUCGAGCCCCGGCUCGCGACAGAUUCAGCUUUGGCACUUCAUUCUGGAGCUGCUGCAGAAGGAGGAGUACCAGAGUGUGAUUUCCUGGCAGGGGGAAUACGGAGAGUUUGUCAUCAAGGACCCUGACGAGGUGGCCAAACUGUGGGGCCUCCGGAAAUGCAAACCCCACAUGAACUACGAUAAGCUGAGCAGGGCGCUAAGGUACUACUAUAAUAAGCGUAUUUUGCACAAAACCAAAGGGAAGCGUUUCACCUACAAAUUUAACUUCAGUAAGGUGGUGCUGGUGAACUAUCCUCUGCUGGACAUGGCCAGCUCCCCCUUCCUGCUCCAGAACCACUUCAAUGGGGCCUCCGCCGCGCCCGACUGCAGCCCUCUCACACCCGAGGCCCUGCAGUCACUGUUCCCUCGUUUGCCAGAGUCAGGGAGAGGAACCUCCCUGUUUGAUCGAGUGGCCACAGCCCCGGGACCGGAGGGAGACAAACUGAGACUGGACACAUUCCCCUUCCUCAGCUCAGCCGCUCCCUGUUACUCCAAGCCCCCGUCCCUGUUGGGUCCUUACCCCCGCAACCCUCCCUUCGAUUACCCCUGGGGCUUCAAUCCCUACCUCUCAGGGGCCUUCUCCCUCAACAACUGCCCCAAACUGCCCCCAGGCUCCCUCUACCCCUCCCACUUCUACCCCAACCCCCUGCAGACCAGCCUGGGCCAGCUGCCUCACCCCUUCUCCUCCCUACUCCCCCCAGGGGAGGUGGCAGGAGGGGGGGAGAGAGGAGCAGCGGGCCAGACCGGGGUUACUAACGGCACGGCAGGUGGGCAGCCCAGACUCUGCCUGCCUCCUUACCCUGGUGCUCUGUCGCUGGGCCGGACGGACAUUGGCAACGGGGGCUCUGUGGGUGAGAGGGAGAGAAGGGAGACCAAUACCCCAGGCAUGGGGCUUGGGUUGGGGCUAGGGUUAGGGUUAGGGCUGGGUCUAGGAGGGAUGGGUAUUGGUGGUGGUGCUGGGGGGCGACAGAGCCCAUCAGAGCGGCGAGGCGGGGUGAAGCAGGACCCAGAGUCAGACUCGGACCUGGAGAUCACAGAUCUGAGUGACUGCAGCUCAGACAACGAGCCUGACUUCAGCAUCACCAAGGAGACCAGGCUGAGCGUUCGAUCACAGAUCCUGGUGGAGGGGAAGAAAGGGGGAGCACUGCCACCUCUCUCCUCCCUCCCUCCCCCUGUGUCCCCCCAUCCCCUCAAGAGCCUGGUGCCCCUCACCCCUCCCCCUCUGUCCCUCCCUCUAUCCCUCUCUCCCUCCAUGGCUCUGGUUGAACAGCACAGGGAGACAGAGACUCUAAAAUUGAUCCAGAGCUAAUAGAUUCUAAUAGAUAACUCUCUCUCUCGUUCCCUCCUCUCUCUCCUUCUCUCUUUCGCUCCCUUCAUCUGUUAUGUUGUCCUUUAUUUGAGCCAUCUUGCCACGUCUCUCUGUUUUUUCUUCCUCUCUCUCUCCACCCUUCUCUCUCUUUACAUGUUGACUUGUAUAGCUGAGAUAGUGAGCUUGCUGAUUUCGACAUUACUCAGAGUGUUCCAUGUUUCAGAUAUGUGUACUACUUAUUCAUCAUGUGCUCCCAUACAUUUUAUUGUCUCAAGGUUUCAGUGAUAUUUUGAGCUUUAACAGCAUUGCACAUUGUUCUGUGCUAUUCAUAUGUUACCGUGUUACUGCAAUGGGUCCGUCAAACUUCAUAAAUAUAACUCAAUGUAUAAUGAAUAACAUUCAAAUAUAAUACUAUAAUAAUAAUAAACAACACUACAAUACACACACACAAGAUUAAUUGCAAUAAUGGCCACAUGAAAUUAUAUCUGCCAGAGAUAUUACUUUUGUUUUUUGGGGAUUCCUUUUCUUGGGUACCGGUAUGUAUUUUUCUGUUCAAAACAUAGUCAAACAUUGCCAGCUGGUGGUCUUUAUAGGAGGCUGCUACAGUUCGUUGUUUGUUGGGAAAAAGGAUCAUCCCCCAAAUCCAAACAAUUAGUCAUUUUGCUCUGCUAAUGUAAUGCUCUGGUAUUGUAAUGCACAUUUCUAACUCCAUACUUGUUUGUGUGUUAUUGUUUAAUGCCAAUUUCAAUUGCUUAACUUUCUUCAGUGAGAGGGAGAGGAAGAGAGAGAGGAAGAGAGAGCUGGCCAAAUCUAGAAUUUGUAUCAGUAUUUCAUUGUAUAUAUUUUAUUAUGGUGUACAUUACAUUUAAUUAUUAUCAACAUUAUAAAAGUUAGCUGUGUUGGUGUGAUUGAAUUACGUAUUUAAAUAAUGUUGGGAAAUUGACAAGUAUAGGUGUAUUAAAGUUUUAAAUAAUUAACAGCAGUCAGAGCAUCUGCGCUGGAAAGGUGUUUUUUCUAUGAGGAGGACUCAUAUAUGGGGAAUUGUCUCAUAUUUUCUCAACCCCAGCUAAUUGUGCCCUUUGGUCAUUUUCCAAGAAGCCCUUUGGGUUUAAAUAUUCUGGUAGUGUUAUUUUUAUAGUUAGCAUUCACCCAGUGUAACUGUUCUGUCAUUUCUCAAAUGUGAGUAAAAUUGGUUUCAGCACAUUCUGUCAACUACCAAAAAAAAAAAAAGUAGAUUAUUUUUGAGACUAAGCUUUUUAUCCAUGGCAACAGUUAGGCAAUGGGUCCCCUUGUAGAAACUAAAACAAGAGGUACAAAGUAUCUCAAUACCAACUAGGGACAUUCCAUGUUGCUCACUUUGAAGCACAGAGUGCAUCCUAACUACCCCACAUUGUACAGAUUCAUAUGGUAUGGUUUGUAACAGGUGGCGGUGUAACAUUAGGUGUGAAAGCCCUAUUGUAAAGGUCAUGUAAUUGUAUAUUUGUUAGAUUCUACCAGAAAUCUCUGUUUCAUGAUCUCUGUGUGGCAUUUACCAACACCACUGUAAAUACUCUUUCCUUUGUGAAUGUAUGUGUAAACACAUCCAAAAUGAUCAUGCUGUGAAAUAAUGUCACAUUUCUUUGUUUUAUUGUAAAGAGGAAAAAUGGAAAGAGCAAAAAUAAGAAAAAAAUAUAAAUAACUUCUAAAGCAAUAAACAUUAUUCUGGAGAUUG